AUGUACAAUUUGUCUUGCAAUCUCUGCCCAUGGAGGCUACUGCUAAAACUCUUAAAACAAUGACUGGUUUCACGAGUUGGAUAACGAUUCUCCUCCUAGUACUAUCACCUCUCCUCCAGGCUUUGGGAGCGAAGGGCUGUGGGCUCCUUGAUCCUCUGACCAUACUGAAAACCAUUGAGAAUGAGGAAGACGGUGAAACGAUUCAUUGUGUGGAUAUCUACAAGCAACCGGCUUUUAGCCAUCCGGAGCUCAGAAAUCACACAAUCCAGAUGCGACCCACCAAUUUGGAUCCGUUCGGAGUGAAAUCGAGGAGCUACUCGAAUAAUUCGGCCUCCGGCUUGCAGUACAUUCAGAGUUGGCACAAGAAAGGAGAGUUUUGCCCUGAGGGAACCAUCCCAAUUUUGCAAUCUUCAACGGAGGAUUUCCCACAAAAGACACCACGUCCUUGGGGCCAUGAAGAAGAUCCUUCGGAAUCCGAAUCGAAGCCACCGUCCAACAUCAGGGAGUACGCUGUGGCGUUUUUGCCGGUAGAGGAUGUGCAAGGAGUAACUGGAAUUAUCAAUGUGUGGAAUCCAAGUGUUAACUGGCAAAAAGAAUACAGUGCAGCUCAAGUCUGGGUCACCGAUGGCGGAGGCAAAGCGAUCAACACUCUUGAAGUUGGCUGGCUGGUCACUGCUGAUUUCAAACUUCCGCUCUUAUUCAUAUAUUGGACCACUGACGGAUAUGGAUCGACCGGAUGUUACAACCUAUGCUGCGGCGGUUUUGUGCAAACGAGUAACAAGGUUGUGCUUGGUGGCAGAAUAGAGCCUUUUUCCAAGUAUGGUGGCGCUCAACGACAGAUCACCAUAAGAAUCAGCAGGGAUGUUAGGACCGGGAACUGGUGGCUGACCUAUCAGGGUAUAAUAGUAGGAUACUGGCCGCCGAGCAUCUUCACCGGCGGUUUGAAGAGCGGGUCCAGCCUGGUGGAGUUUGGAGGAGAGGUGGUGAAUUCCGACCCGACCGGGUUCCACACCAGUACCGACAUGGGCAGCGGCCACUUUCCUAGCGAGGGGUUUGGGAAGGCGGCUUUCUUCAAGAACUUGGUCUACCUGACCAGAGGCGGGGUGGCCAAAGACGCUGACACACUUCAGGGGAGAGCGCAGCGGCCGGAGUGUUAUGACGUGGCGGUGCAGAGGAGCGAUACGGACUACGGGGCUUACUUCUACUAUGGGGGUCCUGGCUUCUCCCGAUACUGCCAGUACUGAAAAUGGAAGGAGGAAAAAAAUGGAAUACAAUGAUAAUAAUAAUAAUAAUGCCUAUCUUGUGUUUUGUGCUUCUUUUUGUAACUUAUUCAAGGUUUACUACACAAACAAGUCAAAUGAUUGAAUUAUGAUCUUCUAUUUUUCUACAAACCAAAACACGCGGUUUGUAUUAACCAACCGUUGGAGAGAGUUGAGUCCGAGUGAAUUGGUCAUCGGACUCUAGAUGGAGUUGCUGGAAUUCGAAUAUAAGACAUUUCGGUUA